UGUGGGUGGCUGGCCGAAUCUGGGCGUGGCUGGCCGUGUGGUCGAGCAUGGGCAUGCAAGGAGCCCUGGCAGCCUGCACGAUGGCGGAGUUCCCUUGCCGCAACAAGCAGUGCAUCAGUCUUGAUCGUUAUUGCGACGGACAGAGGGAUUGCGAUGACAACAGCGACGAGCCUUCGGGGUGUUCUCCGUGCAACAGAACCUACUACGGGCGUGUGGGCGCCACGUACACACUGCAGAUUCCACGCCCGCACAGAGGCACUCUACCCCACUUCUGCCAGCUGACCUUCAUCGCCUCAGGAGAUGUGUAUGGUGACCUUGUUCAGCUCAGCAUCGAGAAGUUCAAUCUUGGGAGGUUCACCUCCCACACGGACAACGGCUGCCCCGACGGCUACAUGCAGAUCGAGGAGCUGAGUCGCCCCCUCAACGCGGGCUACUGGUGCGGGACGUCCUGGGGCCACAACGUCUUCUACUCGGAGACGUCGGCGAUCACUGUCAUGCUCAGGGUGUUCAAUGUCACUGACGACGGGGGGAGGAAUAACCCCGGGGCGUUUUCUCCCCGGGAUACGGUGAUGCUGGGGAUGUCCUAUCGGUUCCUGAAGAGGGAGAGGGCGGUGCUGCGGUACGGAGCGCCAUACAGUCCCAGCUACCGCGGGGAGGAUGUGCCAAAUUCCUUCUGCGACAAGUACUUCGAGAACUGCGACAAGAAGAACUGCAAGGUACAGUCGCCCAACUUCCCCGGGAUGUACCCGCGAAACCUGACCUGCUACUACCACAUCCGGCAGACGCGGGAGCCCGAGGGGAAGGUGGCGCUGAUCCGCGUGCGGCAGCGAAAUCCGCACCUCAUCUACAUCAAGGACCGCAACGCCCCGCACCUCACGCGGGAGAGGAAGCUGCAGGUGGGCUCGGGCUGCCACGUCCUCCAUGACUACCUGGUGGCGUUCGACGGCAAUACAACCAGGGCGCCUGUGCUGGCCACGCUGUGCAAGGGCGGCGCCCCUCUCAGCGGCAUCACCUCCAGCGGGUCCGACCUGCUGCUGCUCUUCCACGCGUCGCCCUUCGACUUCCCGUUCCAGGACUCGCCGCGCCGGAGAAUAUUCGGUUUCGAGCUGGACGUCGAGGUCGAGUUUGUGGACCGCGAGUCGACGGCCUACAUCCGCGAGGGCUCGACGUGCGACUACAUGGUGAGCAGCCGAGGCCAGCGCAGCGGGUACGUGCAGUCUCCGAAGCACUCGCUUCUCCCCAACACGACGUGCACGUGGCGGCUGUUGGCGGGGAGCACGGAGGUCGUGUGGCUCUACUUUCUGCACUACCGCCACGUCAACCACCCCGAGAUGCCGCCGCCCGCGCACUGCUCCAACACACUCACCAUCCACGACGGCGACACGCGCACGCCCUUCCUGGAGUCGGCCUUCGCGCUGGCAGAGGAGCCGGUCACUAACAGCUCCCUGAACGCCUCUGCUGAGAACAGCACCUCCUCCUCCUCCUUUUCUUCGGUGUCCCUGAUGGGUCAGUUCUGCCGGCCGGAGCGCCUUCCGCGAGUGUGCAGCGGCGUGCACGCGCCAGGUCCGCACGCGGCGCCCUGCCUCCCCGGCGAGAGCUACGUGUCGUCCUUGCCCGCCCUCACGCUCUCGCUGCACUACGCGGCAGGGACCGCCCCCGCCCACGUGGACUUCCUGGCGCGAUAUGAGUUCGUGGACAAGCGGCAGUGGGGCGUGCAGACCCCGGGUGGCGGGCCCUGCGACCGAACCUUCACCAUGCAGCCCGACCGCCUCUUCGCUUCGCCCAGGGACGUCUUCCUCUUCGGCCGCGGCGGCGCCAGGAAGCUGCGCUGCGUUUACACGUUCGAGGCGAGGCCGGACCAGCGCAUUUCGCUCCGCAUUCUGCGCUCGCGCAUGGGCUCAGCCUGCACCACGGUGUACAAGCACUCGUCCCACAGGCACGAGUGCUCGCACAGCGGUGGCGAGGACAAGCCGGCCAUCUGGAUCAUGGAAGAGCCCUGGCACGGCGUGCAGCUUCCGCGGGCGUGCCUCUGCAACGUGUCGCACUCUCAACCGUUCACGCUGGUUUCGUACACCAGCCAGCUGAGGGUGAUCUUCAGCGUGCCGGUCAUGACGCCCUCGAGCGACUACAACGACUUCUUCCUCGAGGGCGAGUACUCGAUGCUGCCGGCGCCCAAGGAGGCCUCCCACCCGGCGUGUGUUCGCGGCAACCGGCGCCUGGCGGGCCGAUACGGCAACUUCACGGUGGGCGCCGCCCGCGGGGACAAGUGCCUCUCGCUGCCACGCCUCGUCACGGCCGCCGACGGCUCCUUCCUGUUCCUGCGGACGCGCGGCUUCGGGGCGUCGGAGAGCAACUGCAACGCGGACGCCCGCAUCAACGUAUUCGCCGUGGGCGACCUCGCGCCCAUCGCCUCCAUCUGCCCGACGGAGGAGGGUGGCUUCACGCACGUGUUCAGCAAUGGAUGGCGCGGGCCGGAGCAGGAGGCCAAGGCGGAGCUGGAGGUGGGGCGCGUGUGGAACGCCACCAGGAUGAACAUCGGCCAGAGCAACUACUUCUACCACCAGCAGCAGCAGGAGAUCAAGAAGCGCGGCCGCCACCGCCAGCGCCACCGCCAGCAGGAAUCGCGCGACCUCGUCGUGGAGUACGUGGGUAACCUGACCGGCAGGUUCAUGCUGACGUGGGUGGGCGUGUGGCGGCCCAUGCAGACGGCGCCCCUCUCACCCGUUGGGGUAGAUUUGUGCCCACAUCGAUGCCCGGAGAUCCAGGCGUGCCUCCCGGCUGAGCUGUGGUGCGACGGCUCCGUGCACUGCCCCUCCGGCAUGGACGAGGGCGCCGCCGCAUGCGGGCUACUGGCCGCCCUCCCGUGGGUGUACCUGGGCGCCGCCGCCGUCCUCUUCAUCUCGCUGGUGGCGCUGCUGGCGGCCGUCGUGGUCCACCGCAAGCGCACGCGUGCCCAGAAGGAGGCCGAGGCGUCCAUGGUGGCCAACAACAGCCACGGCCUGAAGAGCACCACGCAGGACUUCCUCAUCCCGCCCGACAAGGACCCCUGGUGACAGGACGCCCAUUCUGACGAUGUCGUGUGCGUGGACUACGAGACCACGGUGUAGGUCACGUGACCCUAGAUCGGUGGCUGCGGGUCAGGUACGGGAUGUCGUUGGGAUGGGACGGCCUAAAGGGAAAAUAGAAUAAAGAGAUAUAUUAUAUAUAUAUUUACUCCUGUACAUAGAACUCUGAGAACAUACAACUCAUGCAAUUUUCAUACCUGUAUAUAUGUACACAGCCGUUGAAGUUUUCUACCUAUAUACACCAUUGUUACAAAAACACAAAGAAAAAGAAACAGUGAAUGGAACUAUUUAAUGUGAAACAAUACUUUUUAUGUGCGUAUGAAUGAUGAGAAUAAUGUAAAUAAUUAACCUUUGUUUUAUCCUGUGAUGUAGUUCAAAACCGGAUGAUGAUAAUAUUGCUGAUUCUAUGAUUCGAACCUAUAAAUGUGAGGUGUGUCCGGUUUAAAGGGAAAUAAUGAAUAAAUAAACAAGUGAAUGAAUAUUUCAUCCUUGGGUGUCAUGCCGCAACAAAACAAAAACAAAAAAACGAAAAAAAGAAAAAAAAAAAGAAUAUCCUGUUUAUAAUGUUUGAACAUUUUUCGGACCAAAGAUUCUAUAUAUAUAUAUUUUGGUUUGUCUUCCUUUCUGCCAACCCAAGAGAAAAUAAUAGUAAUAAUAAAAAGCUUUUAAAACAAAUACGUGCAGAGACUCUACGUUGGAACUGUGAAAUGAUGCCAACAUCUGUUUAUUUAUUUAGUAAGUUGUAGACGAAAAAAAUGAACGAAAAAAGGCAUAGGUUUAGGGGUAUAUUUAGUAUUGCCAUAUAUCAGGUAUUUAUUGCGUGUAGGUACAUUCGAUCCCUGUUGAAGUUAUGGUGGUUUUAUAUGAACGUGUGAGAGUGUGUUACAGUGUGUGUUACGAUGUUACAGUGACGCUCUGCUGUAUCUGUCGUUGGUUGUUAAUAAACGAGUAAUUGGUAACA